CCUCCUCCUCCUCCCUUUCAGAUGAGAGAGGGAACAAAAAGAGAGGCUUCCCUCUUAGUCUUCCAGGGAUCCUGCCUGGAUUUGUUGCCAGCACUAGCCAUCCUUGGGUUCGGUACCUUUGCUGAGCAGCCAUCAUGGAGUCGCCUGGUCCUCUCCCCUUUUCCUUCUUCUUCUCCUUCUUCUUCCUCAUCAUCCACGCUGCAAGUGCAGUGAGCCCCACCAAGAACUUCACCCGAGAGGCAGGCAGCGCGGUCCAUUUGGAUUCGGGGAUCCCCAAGGGGGCCUCUUUCUUCAGCAUCUUCCUCCGGUCAGCUUCCUUCAGGAGGACCCUGGCCAUCUGGAUCCCGGGGAAACCUCUCAACGUCUUAUCCUCAGAGUAUUCAGGAAGGAUCACCUUCGAAGAGGACAGUCACGAGUUCCGGAUCCACAACCUGACGCUGCACGACGGGGGCAUCUACGAGAUUUUGAUGAAGAAAGACGAAGAGGUUGAGGAGUCCUUACGGAAAUACGCCGUCUUUGUGUUCAAUAUCAGUGUCACUGCCAGCCACCUGGCCAACCAUUCCUGCAGCCUGGGUUUGCUCUGCGAGGCCGGGACGGGGAAUAAGUGGGUGACCUACACCUGGAAGGGCACGGACACGGGGGUCACCGUCUCCCAGGACGCCUGGCUCAGACUCAUGGACCCCAAAGACGAGGGGGACUCCUACACUUGCACUGCCCAAGCCCCCGGCACCCAGACUGCAUGGAGCGUCACUCCCUACAAGUACUGUGGGGCCUUUUCUGGAGCUGAUGGACGCCUCCGACUUGGGCUUCGGACCUUCUCCCUCUUCGCCUUUCCGCUCUCCCUUUUGGUGCUCCUGUGAUGCGGUUCGGUUUUGAAAAAGGCAUGGAAAUGCACCCACACCUUGUGUAGGAACACUAGUAAACGUUGUUGGUCAUGCAGCCCAUUAGCCUCAAACCCCAUUGAAAUCCCCUCUUCCACACAGCCAUUUAAGGCAGAGGCACCCUGUCCCUUGUUUCACUUGGCGACUCCAAGACUUCAGAACGGUCCCACAGCGUUGCCUCCAAGAAGUCUUAUUAUUUUGGUGGAAAUGUCAAACGGUUAAAAGAUAUUGGUUAGAAACACAUGAAACAAUUCAAAAAACCCUACAGGUUAAGAUAAGAUAUGACCCCAAGUUAUAUUUGUUAAAGAUGGUUGAGGAUGAGGAAUUGGAGAGAAGACAUGGUAAAGGAAGUACUAAACACUGUACAUACGUACAGUUUCAAACAAGAAGUGCUAUUAUUUUAACAGAUUUUGGGGAUGGGAGAAAGGAUGUUUCUCUUGCAAUAAAAGGCCCAUCUUAAUUGGAAGUCCUUUACUGUAGCUUACUGCACCAAGCCACAACUGCCAAAUUCUAUGCAACCAUUAAAGGCAGAGGAGCACUCUCCAGUUUGUAAUCUGGCAAUGCUUUCCUUCCAUUUUUCCUAGUCUUCCGUACCUAAGUUUUGCUGCCUGAAGUUUGUACUUUUGGGAGGUGGAAAUGUGUGCGUAUAUUAGAAAUGUGACAAAAAUUCAUUAUUAUUACUCAUUCCCAAGUCAGAAAAUGAAAGAAUUUCCUGACAUUGGGAAGAAUAACAGACCAGUCAGGAUUAUAUACAAUAUUAUCUCAGCACGCAAACAUCCUAAAGUGUUGCGAAGGAAUUGUUUUGCAUUAAAUAGUGGUGCUUUUUGUUUUCUGAGUGGAAAAGAGGUUUCUUGCACACACACACACACAGAAAGAGAAAGAGACAAAAAUCAUGUGCAGAAAACAUGUUUUGCAAUCCCUAAUUCCCAUCGGCCAUGCUAUCUGGGGAUGAUAGGAGUUGUGUUGUUGUUUUUUACCUCAGUAAAUAUUUCUAAUUAUCUCCCAUUCUGAGUAUGGAGGUGGCACUUGGAUCUUAACAGCCACUUAGUGAUUUCCUACUUUAGUCCAAAUUUUUACCUCAAAAAUCACUCUCAAAGUUAAUUUCCUAAGUGUGCUCCUAGUUUCCUACAAUUACCUCAGCAAUUUUACCUCAGAGACUAGGUAUUUUCUAGUGUGGGGUCAGUCCUUGAGUAAUCUCCUACAAGAAACCCUUAACAUUUACCUCAGAGAAUACUCCCCUAACACAAAAAGCACCUAUAAUUUAAACCGUUGAACCUUUCCUGCUAAAGUUCAAUUAAAUAUUGGGCUUAUGGCAACUCAUGCUCAGAACCCCUUUAAUUCAAGCACAUCCCACAGCAAUGCCUACAAGAAGUGUUCUUAUUUUAACAGAUUUUGGGGAUGGGACAAGUGACAUUUUUCUUGCAGUCAAAGGCCCAUCUUAAUUCACUGUGGCUAAUUGUGGGGUUGGUUGCAAGACUUAAAAUGGAUAGGGCUCCUGUACCUUUCACAGUUGUGUGUACAAAAGGGACACCAGCAGAGGUUGCUUACUUUUGACAUGACAAACAACAACUGCUGAAACCAGGCACCAAGCUACAACUGCCAAAAUACCCCUCUUCUAUGCAACCAUUAAAGGCAGAGGAGCACCCUCCAGUUUGUUAUCUGGCGAUGCUCUUGGCACCCAAACAUCCUAAAGUGUUGCAAAGAAAUUGUUUUGUAUUAAAUUGUGGUGCUCCCAUAAUGGCCUUUUGUUUUCUGGGUCGAAUCUUGCACAUACAAACAGAGAGAAAGAGACAAAAAUCUUGUGCAGAAAACAUGUUUUGCAAUCCCAACUCCCAUCGGCCAUGCUAUCUGGGGAUGAUAGGAGUUGCGUUGUUGUUUUUUUACCUCAGGAAAUAUUUCUAAUUAUAAAAAUCAUAGCAAUUUAUGUUGGAAAUGUGGUAUGGAGAAGGUGUUCAAUGGAUCUGUGAAAGAGCUAUGAAAUUCUGGAAGCAAAUUUAUUUUGAAAUUAAGAGAGUAACGAAGCUAUCUGAUCUUAGAUUUUCCUCAGAAAUUUUCGCUAUUAAAUAUGUUAGAAGAAUCAAUUGAGGCAAAAGUUUGGUAAAAUCUUAUUUUAUAUGUUUUCAGCGGCAAGGUUAAUCUAUGCUAAAAAAAAUGGAGGAACAAAGAGAUACCUUGAUUUCUUCAGGAAAAAGUGGGAUAUAAAUAAAAAUUAUUAUUAUUAUACCAAUGAUGGAAGAUUGGGCAUUUAAGCUGCUGGAUUUAUUAGAGAGGGGUAAUUGACAAGAGGAAUUAACCUUUUCAAACAUGAAUAAUAAUAAUAAUUUAUUUAUUUAUAUUCCGCCUUUUCCCAAAGGAAUCAAGGCAGAUUACAGAACAGAUUGGGAAAAGAUAAUAGACUACGGUAUCUUCAAUCGAAAUGGGAGGAAAUCAAUACUUUAGGGACUGAAUUAGAUUAAAGUGUAAAUAAGCAGACAAAAUGACUGUAAUGAAUUCCCAUGAUGUUUACUUUAGUUAAGGCAAAUCUCAUUUGGUAUUGAAUAGUAUCAAAUUUAAAGGGAGGUUUUGUUUUAAUUUCACUGAUAGAUAAUCUGGAAAGAUUCAAGUGGAUGAAAAUAAAAUCCUAACUCUCAAAUAGGAAGUAAUGUAUGAGGGAAUGUUUGGUGUAAAUUUUUAGAUUGUAAGCCUGAGGGCAGGGAACCGUCUAUUAUCGCCUCUGUUGUAAGCCACCCAAAUUCCCAGUAAUUGGGUGGCAUAUAAAUAAAUCCUAUUAUUAUUAUUA